AUGAUAGGUGUCCAUAUAAUGGAGGAGAAUCAUAACAAUCCGGACAUGAAAUUUACUGCUGUCCAAUCUAUGGAAUCAAGUUUAAGUGUUCUUCGUGUUAAACGUGACGCUAUCAAUGAUCCUAGUAUGCAAGCUGAAUGGGCUAAAAAACGUCUUGUCUGGGUACCUCAUGAAAAAGAGGGUUUUGUUGUAGGAUCAGUUAUUGAAGAUCGUCAAAAUGAUAUUGAAGUUGAAAUAUUAGACACUGGGAAAAGAGUUACAUUAAGUAAAGAUGAUUGUCAAAAGAUGAAUCCACCAAAAUUUGACAAGGUAGAAGACAUGGCAGAUUUGACGUGUUUAAACGAAGCCUCUGUGCUACAUAAUCUUAGAGAAAGAUACUUUUCUGGACUGAUUUAUACAUAUUCAGGACUAUUUUGCGUAGUUGUCAAUCCGUAUAAACGUUUACCUAUCUAUACUGAUAAUCUAAUCGAGGCAUAUAAAGGACAAAAAAGGAACAUUAUGCCUCCUCAUAUCUUUGCGAUUGCUGAUACGGCAUAUAGGUCUAUGUUAUCAGAACACGAAGAUCAAUCUAUUUUAUGUACUGGUGAAUCAGGAGCAGGUAAAACAGAGAAUACUAAGAAAGUUAUACAAUAUUUGGCCUAUGUUGCUGGUACGGGGAGACAAUCUAAGAUAUCAAAUAAUUCAAAAGGUGAAUUAGAGCAACAACUUUUGCAAGCCAACCCUAUAUUAGAAGCAUUUGGUAAUAGUAAAACUGUAAAAAAUGACAAUAGCUCUCGUUUUGGUAAAUUUAUAAGAAUUAAUUUUGAUACAGCUGGCUUGAUAUCUGGUGGUAAUAUUGAAUUUUACCUUCUUGAGAAAUCUAGAACAUGUCGUCAGGCUGCUGAUGAGAGAUCUUUUCAUGUUUUUUAUCAAUUGUUAAAAGGUGCACCUGCUGAGAUGAAAGAUAAUUUACUUUUAAUGAAUUGUGAUGACUAUCGUUUCUUAAACAAUGGUUUUAUUAGUUUACCAAAUGUCGAUGACUCUACAGAAUUUAAUAACACUAUUAAAUCAAUGGAAAUUAUGGGAUUCCAAAAAAGUGAAAUUGAAUCAAUUUUUAAAGUUGUAAGCACUGUUUUAAUGUUCGGAAACAUUGAAUUUGCUCAAGAAAAAAAAUCUGAUCAAGCCUUGAUUGUAGAUGAUAGUGUUGCUCAAAAAGUUUGUCAUUUAUUGGGCAUUCCUCUUCAAGAUUUCAGUAGAGCUUUAUUAAAGCCAAAAAUUAAAGUUGGUAGGGAGUUUGUUCACAAAGCUCAAAAUAAAGAACAGGCUGAAUUUUCUGUUGAAGCAAUAAGUAAAGCUUGCUAUGAACGCAUGUUCAAAUGGCUUGUUACUAGAAUCAACAAAUCUUUGGAUAGAACUAGAAGACAAGGUGCUUCAUUUAUUGGAAUUUUGGAUAUUGCCGGAUUUGAAAUUUUCCAUCUUAAUAGUUUUGAACAAUUAUGCAUUAACUAUACUAAUGAAAAACUUCAACAAUUAUUUAAUAAUACAAUGUUUGUACUAGAGCAAGAAGAAUAUCAAAGGGAAGGAAUCGACUGGAAAUUUAUUGAUUUUGGUUUAGAUCUUCAACCAACAAUUGAUCUUAUUGACAAGAAUAUGGGAGUUCUUGCAUUGUUAGAUGAAGAAUGUCUGUUUCCUAAAGCAACAGAUAAAUCAUUUGUUCACAAACUUAUUCAUAAUCAUGAAAAACAUCCAAAAUUUUUGGUUCCUGAAAUGAAAGCUAAGAGUGAUUUUGCUGUUAUUCAUUAUGCCGGAAGAGUUGACUACAGUUCUGAUCAAUGGCUUAUGAAAAACAUGGACCCAUUAAAUGAAAAUUUGGUUAGUUUAAUUCAAAGUUCAAAUGACAAUUUUGUUGUUAAUAUUUGGAAAGAUGCUGAAUUUGCUGGACUUGGUGCUACCGAAAUCAAUGAAACUGCUUUUGGAGCUCGUAGUCGUAAAGGCAUGUUUAGAACUGUUUCUCAAGUUUAUAAAGAACAAUUGGCUAGACUUAUGACAACUCUUAGAAAUACUGUACCACACUUUGUUCGUUGUAUAAUACCUAAUCAUGAAAAGAAACCUGGCAAAAUUGCUCCAUUACUUGUUUUAGAACAACUUAGAUGCAAUGGUGUUCUUGAGGGUAUAAGAAUCUGUAGACAAGGUUUUCCAAAUCGUAUUUUAUUCCAAGAAUUUAGACACAGAUAUGAUAUUCUUACACCAAAUAUUAUUCCAAAAGGAUUCAUGGAUGGUAAGGAAGCUGUUCGUAAAAUGGUUGAAGCUUUGGAUAUGGAUAAAAAUAUUUAUCGAAUUGGACAAUCUAAAAUUUUCUUCCGUGCUGGUGUUUUGGCACAACUUGAAGAGGAUCGUGAUUUAAAAUUAACUGAAUUAGUUAUCUCUUUCCAAGCAAUUGCUCGUGCACAUAUUGCUAAGAAACGUUACUUAUUGAGAAUUCAACAAGCUAAUGCUAUACGAAUUAUUCAAAGAAAUGGAGCUUCUUGGAUGAAACUAAGACAUUGGCAAUGGUGGAGACUUUAUACUAAAGUUAAACCACUUCUUCAAGUAACAAAUGCAGAAGCUGAAAUUUCGGCUAAAAAUGAAGAAUUGAAGACUGUUCAGGACAAACUUGAUAAAAUUAUUUUUGAAAACAAAGAAGCUAUGUCUAAACAAGCUCAAUUACUUGCUGAUAAACAACAACUUCAAAUACAGUUACAACAAGAAAGUGAGGAAAAGGCUGAAAUGGAAGAUAUUAAUGAAAGAUAUAAGGCCCGUGUAUCAGAACUUCAAUCAGUUUGUGACGAUUUAAGUAAUCGUUUGGAAGAGGAAGAUCAAAAAAUGCACGAGUAUGUUACAGAACGUAAACGUCUUGAAGAAUUAGUACAUGAUUUAGAAGACCAACUUGAAAAAGAAGAGCACUUUAGACAGAAGCUUCAAUUAGACAAGAGUAACGUUGAUCAAAAAUGCAGUAAAAUUGAGGAACAACUUGCUGAACUUCGUGAUACACACGAAAAACUUGUCAAGGAGAAGAAACUUCUUGAGGAUAAAUGUCAUGAUGCUGAAAAUAGAUUUGCCGAUGAGGAGGACAAAAGUAAGAAGCAUCUUAGUUUGUCACAUAAGCUUCAAGCUCGUAUCAAUGAACUUGAACAGGACCUUGCUAGAGAGCAUGAAAGCCGUGUUGAAUUGGAAAAAAUCAAACGCCGUUUAGAAAACGAAUUAAAUGAAAAUAAAGAACUUAUUGAUGAAAAAGUAUUAAAGUUGGAGGAAUUGAAUGCUCAAUUGGUUAAACGUGAUGAACAAAUAUCUAAACUUCUCUCAAAGGCUGAUGAAGAUGCAGGUCUUUUAUCAAAUUUGCAAAAGCAAAUUCGCGACUAUGAAUUGCAGAUCGAUGAAUUGAAAGAUGAUUUUGAAACUGAAAAAGAAGGACGUUUGAAGGCUGAACGUAAUCGUCGUGACAUUGCCGAGGAAUUAGAGUCAUUGAAGACUGAAUUCAUGGAGGCUACAGAUAAGUCUACAAUCUCUCAAGAAUUACAAAAGAAAAAGGAUAAAGAAUUACAAUAUCUUCAAGGACAAUUAGAAACUCAAGAGAAACAGUUUAAAACUAAACACGAUGAAAUUAAAGUUCAACAUCAACAACAAAUAGAUUUACUUCGUGAUCAACUUGAUCAAGUUUCUCGUCUUCGUUCACAAAUUGAAAAAGCUAAAUUAGCUUUGGAAAGUGAAAACAAUUCUCUUGGAGAAGAAAUAACUACUCUUCAACAACACAAAACAGAAUCUGAAAAAAAAAGGAAACAACUUGAAGUUGCUUAUAAUGAACUUCAAGCUAAAUAUUCUGAUUUGGAAGCAUCACGUAAUACUAUUCAAAUAGAACUUCAGAAAUUGCAAAGCGAACUUGAAUUAAUUUCUAAACAAAAAGAAGAUGAUGAUCAAAGUGUAUCUGUUUUAGAAAGAAAAAUUGCUAAUCUUGAAUCUCAAUUACAUGAAACAAAUGAAACUUUGCAUGAAGAAACAAAGACAAAAUUGGCUGCUCAAUCUAAACUUCGUCAACUCAAUGAUGAAUUAGUUUUGUGUAAUGAAAAGAUUGAAGAAUUUGAACAAGUUAAAUCACAAAAUGAAAGAGAACUUAGCAUGUUACGUCAGCAGUUGGUUGAAAGUAAGAGGAAAGCCGAAGAAGUUGCUUUCCAACAAUUAGAAGACUUUAAAAAGAAAGCUCAACGUGAUUUGGAAAAUACUCAGAAAGCAGUUAUUGACGCUGAGGCUGCACGUGAUCGUUCUGAAAAGUCCAAGAAGAAAAUCCAACUUGAAUUAGAAGAUGCAAAUAUUGAAUUGGAAAAUACUCGUGCUACUUUGAGAGAGAUUGAAAAGAAACAACGUAAGUUUGAUCAACAAAUAAAUGAAGAAAAAUCUAACUACCAAAACGUUAUUGCUGAAAGGGACAGUUUUGCUCAAGAAGCCCGUGAAAAGGAGACAAAAAUUAUGAAUUUGACUCAGGAUAUUGAUAGACUUCAUAAUGAUUUAGCUGAAAGUGAAAGAGUGAAGAAGAUGCUUCAAAUUGAACUUGAUGACUUGAUAUCAAGUAAAGAUGAUUAUGGAAAGAAUGUACAUGAGUUAGAGAAAACUAAACGUGCUCUUGAAGCAGAACUUUUGAACUAUAAAAAUCAAGUUGAAGAACUUGAUGAUGCUCUACAACUGUCUGAAGACAAUUGUUUAAGAUUGGAAGUUAACCUUCAAGCAAUAAAAGCUGAAUACGAUAGAAAUCAUGCUAAUAAGGAAAAUGAAGCUGAGGAAAAACGUAAGAAUCUUCAGAAGACAAUUCGUGAAAUGGAAGAGGAAUUGGAAAAUGAAAGACGCAGCAAAUUAGCUGCAACCAAUCAACGUAAAAAACUUGAAUCUCAAUUAGCUGAAAUGGAACUUCAAUUAGAAGGAUCUACAAAAUUAAAGGAUGAUUAUAAUAAACAAAUUAAAAAGCUUCAACAAAUGUUACGUGAUGCUCAACAAGAUAUGGAAGAAUCUCGUCAAAGUCGUGAAGCAAUGAGUAAUACUCUUAAAGAUUGCGAAAGAAAAUUACGUACUCUUGAGAAUGAUCAUUCUGCAUUGACUGAACAGUACAAUGCUGUAUUAACUCAAAAAAGAAAUCUUGAAGCAGAAAUUGUAGAACUUGAAGAAAAUCAAGGUAAAUUGGGGACUUUUUCACCAGAAGAAAAAAGACGCUUGGAAAGUAAGAUUUCUCAACUUGAAUUUGAAUUAGAAGAUGAACAGGCAAAUGCUGACUUAGCACAAGAAAAAUUGAGGAAAGCUCAAAUGCAGUUAGAACAAAUGACUUCUGAUUUAUCAAUGGAAAGAAAUUUGUGUCAAACUUUAGAGACUGAUAAGCAAACUUUGGAAAAAACUAAUCGUGAGUUAAAAACAAAGAUAGCUGAAUUAGAAACUCAAGCUCAAACAAGAUCUCGUGCUCAAGUAGCGAACUUAGAAGCAAAAAUUGCAUUUUUGGAAGAACAACUUGCCGCUGAAACAGGUGAGCGUUCCAGUUUAUCUCGUACCAUUCGCCGUCUUGAAAAGAAAUUGAAUGAAUCUAAUCUUCAAUUAGAAGAUGAAAAAAGAAUUUCAGAACAAGCUAAAGAAGAAGCUGAACGUGUAUCAUUACGUCAUCGUCAAAUGCGUAGGCAGAUGGAUGAACUUGAAGAAGAAUUGUCACGUGAAAAAGCAAAGUCAAGAAAUCUUCAAAGAGAGAUUGAUGAUAUCAGUGAAGCAAAUGAUACUCUGAAAAGAGAUAAUGCUCAACUUCGUUCUUCAGCAGUAAAUCGUAGACAUGCUGGAUUACACGCUGGUUUAAGACCUGUUUCUGGAAGUAGAAAUGGUUUAGCAUCAAAGACAAACAGCAGUAGUGAUAACCUUCCAGGAAAUGACGAUGCUGAGAGUGUUGGUACUGAUGGGACAUUUUAA